AUGCGCGGGGUCGGAUUGCGAGGCCGGUCGUUGCCGGCUGACGUGGUGUUGGCCAUGCUAAUGGUUGUGCCGAAAAGAUAUCAGGCAUACGUAGAGAAGUCGUUGCUUGAAUGCGAGAAGGAUUGGGUGAACGCUUUCUGGAACCCUUUGGAACGUAGCGUAUAUACAACGUUGCGGACGGCGGGGGUGGAUUCGAACGCACGACGUCAGAAGUGGAAGAGAUGGCGAGACGUAUUUCGUCGGCCCGGGCGUGACUACGGGGCGUGGGCGAUGGUUUCGUCGCGGCGGAACUCCAUUGGAGACGAGUCCUCAGUCGGGCACGACACGAUUCGCCCCGUGUACAUCCCUACGUUGUGUUCUUUGACGGCGUUCGCUCGGGCAUCUUCCCUCUUUGAAAAAGACGACUACGCCGCAUAUGAGGCGGUCCACCGUCUGUUCCCAACGGACGCUUGGAAACGUUUGACCGCCGUCGCCGGCAAGCAGUUCCACUGGUGCCGCAUGGACUACCUGGAACUCGGGGCCAUAUUGUCUAUGUACUUCGACCAGCCCUGUGGUGACGUAGAUGAACAUGUCCGGGAGAACGUCGUCAGAAAUCUCGGCCCUUCCGCACCAGCGGUCAAAACCGAUUUUUGGAUACUCGGUUGUCUUCUACAAGCCUCCCGGGUCACAAUUGACGCACUCACGCGUUUCUGCGCUAUACGUCUGAAAUACAACCCCCAACAAGACAACCAAGGCCGACCGGCGGGUGCACGAAGGUUUCUAUGUUUGCAGAGGCCCGGCGCCGACGACCAUACGAGGCCCGGCGCCGACGACCAUACGAGGCCCGGCGCCGACGACCAUACGAGACCCGGCGCCGACGAGCAUACGGGACCCGGCGCCGACGACCAUACGGGACCCGGCGCCGACGACCAGACGGGACCUCACGGCCGACUACUCGCACUGCGAAAGACUUUGGCGAAUUUGCCGGUUCUUUCCGCGGAACAUUUUGGACCAUUGACCCAAGACACAUUCGAGGUCAUGUGGUUCCGGAAAAGACGGUCCGAGUUACACGAAGAGUCGCCACCCCGUCAGGUGAGGAGGACGACGCGGAACAGCACGGACGCAGACGAUGAACUCGGCCUGGGUAACCAGCCAUCGGCUCCUCAGCCAUCGGCUCCUCAGCCAUCGACGAUUACCGAGCCGAUGGUGCAGGACGUAUUAUGUGUUUACGAAUCGGACGCGGUUACCAAUUUAAUGAAUGGGUUAUCAGUAACAAACCCGUCGCCGGAGACGGACAGGUCGGUGGACAGGUCGGUGGACAGGCGGGUGAAGUCGACGGAAGCAGACACGUGUUUAUUGGGUGACUCGAUUGGGUAUUGGCCAUGGUUGAUGGCUCCGCAUACAGAUCGUUUAGUCUACAUUUCGAUUCCGAUUCAUCAGACGGUGUUUGGUCAGGAUUGUCGGUUGUUCGGUUCGAUGUCAGAGGCGCACACUUCAUUGGUGAAGGCGUUGCCAACAGCAGCAUGGCGGCAAUUGGGUCGAUUGGAUACGACGAUAGAGUUUGGGAGAUGUGAUAUGAAAUAUUUGGAGUUAGGUACAAUUUUAUCCAUGUUUUUCGAAGCUCCUUUUGGACAGGUAGAGCAUUGUGUAGAAGACAUUAUAGUGAGAGAAAUGGGUAUGUUUCCCAUUGCUCGAAGACGAAGACUUUGGUCCACCGGUUGUCUUGUACAACAUGCGGCUGGUGCCGCACCGUCCCUGGUCUCACGUCUGAUACAAUUCUGCGCCCAUCAACUGCGCUACCGACCUCGUGAUCAUGGCACAUACGAAUGUCUAGCCAACGAACCGGAGUCCCUGGACAAAUAUUUUACACGCUGUCAUUUACCACCCUCUAUCGCCGCUCACAAACUGCGCUCCAACCUAUCCGAAUUGACCACCAUCAUUACAGCAUCCCAAUACGCACGGAUGAGACAAAAACCCUCUACUACUACACCUGAUAUGUCCUCUACUACUCCACCUGAUAUGUCCUCUACUACUCCACCUGAUAUGUCCUCCCCUACUACACCUGAUAUGUUCUCCCCUACUACACCUGAUAUGUCCUCUACUACUCCACCUGAUAUACUCCCCACUAUUUCUCCAGAAGAUGUAGACAAGCUGGAGCCCGUGGUACUAGACAAAUUGGAGCCAGACAAAUUGGAGCCAGACAAACUGAAGCCAAAGAUAAAAGAGGUAGAGACAAGGGAGCACAAGUUAUAUAUUGAUCCUUUAAGUUGGGUUGCGGGUAAAAUGACUGAAUUUGGUCGUAGUUGCCGAAUAUUUUCUAGUGAUAGCGAAGCUCGUAAGGCGUUGUUAGGAUCAUUGCCGAUGUCAGCAUGGGAGAAGUUGAAGAGUUACGGGACGGAAUGUUCUAUGACAUGUUCUAUGACAUGUUCGAUGACAUAUUUAGAAUUAGGUGCAAUCAUUUCGUCCUUCUUUGAUUGGCCUUAUGGUCGUGUUGAGAAGCACAUUGAAGACGCAGUAGUAAGACGUUGUCCUGAAUUGGGGCGUCUACGUCGACGUUUAUGGAUAACGGGAUGUUUGUUACAGUUGACGGAAGCAUCAAUUCCCGAGCUAGUAAGCUUUUGUGUAGAUCAACUUAAUUAUAAGUCUGAUGGUGAGUAUGUAUGUAAGAGGAUACGACCGUUACAAAUGAGAGCAUAUGAGAAACGUAUUCGCGUAUUAAAUUAUCGUGCUCAAUUGAAAAAAAUGCUGACCGGAUUACCCACGUUGACCAUCCAUCAAUACGCCAAUAUGCGCGCCCGAGACUUACAACCUCGAGAAGGACACUUACAACCUCGAGAAGGAGACUUACAACCUCGAGAAGGAGACUUACAACCUCGAGACUUACAACCUGGAGAAGGAGACUUACCGGUUCAAAUCCAAUCGACGCCAAAAAAACGAGUGUGGGAAUCAUGUCCGUGCCGGUUAACCUCGUUCACUAGAGAGUUACAAAGAGGUGGUGGUCUCUUUAAAAACGACACCGUGGCCUAUCGAGCACUGCAAGAUUCCCUACCAGAUGAAGCAUGGAAGAAACUGUCGGAGAUUCAACUUAAGGAUUUCACCGCUUGUGGUUUAGACUAUGUCGAAUUAGCCGCUAUAAUUACAAAUUAUUAUGAGAAUCCUUACGGCCGAAUAACACCGUAUUGCCGCGAUUAUGUUGCUCAAAUGGUACAUGGUACCACAGAUAGAAAUCAACGUAUAGGUGGACGUCAUCGAACUACCAUUUGGAUACAGGGCUGCCUCUUACAAUAUUCUCAAGUCGAUACUAAUACACUUAUCGAUUUCUGUAUUACUCGACUCAAAUUCAACCCUCUUCAUAUCACUGAUCGAACCAGGAGAUUGGAGUGCCUUCGGACCCGAAUGUCACCCGACUCAUAUCGUAAAAGGAGAUGGCGCCUUGAAAAGCUACGUCGAAAAUUACUCUGCGAAAAAUUGGAUGGACUACCUACUGUUUCUGCUAUGGAAUUCGGGACCAUGAACAGCAAUUUUACUAACAAAGACAAAGUCUCUAACAAAGACAAAGUCUCUAACAAAGACAAAGACCAGAAUGACGCUCAUUGGUUACAAAGGUUGGUCGAUGAAUGUGUGGAUGAUGUCAGGGAUGAUGUCAGGGAUGAUGUUAAGGAUGAUGUCAAGGAUGAUGUCAAGGAUGAUGUCAAGGAUGAUGUCAAGGAUGAGCAAUGGACACCCCAAUUUCUCGACACCCCAAUUUCUCAAAGUUUGAAACAUGAAUUUGAUACCGCCGAUCGAUUGUGGGAACAAUUGAUGGGCAAAUGGCAGCCAGGUGUGCAACUCCCAGUACUGGAAGCAUUGAACGAAUCUGCAAUGGCCACUAGCCCAACCAACGGCACAACAAAUUUAUCCGAACACUUGCCGCACACCGAACAGUUGUCGCACAUCGAACACUUGUCGCACACCGAUCAGUUGUUGGAAGAGUUGAUAAAUGAAUGCCAGGAAUCUGAACCAAACUUGUCGGCAACUGCUCAAGUAUACAAUAAUCCAAAGUUCGAUCUACAAUCAACAAUCGCUGGUGAUCAGUCGCUGGUUGACGAAUCAACACAAUCAAGAACAGCCCAACAUCCCGACAACUCGAUAGGUGUUGAUUCGAACAUUAGUAAAUGGUUGCAAGAAUUUAUUGAUGAAAAUCUGGAUGUACAAUCGAACGUUUUAAAUGAGCAAUUCUCAGUCCUGAAUGAUCUUGAGGAACGAUUAUCGGAAAGUGAUCCACAACAGGGAACCUGCCAGUCCGUAACGGAACAAACUACUCUACAAUGGUCACCUCAACAUGACGACGAUGCACCAGUAUCGGACUUUCUGUAUCAACCGGAACAUGUGUUUCAACCGGAACAUGUGUUUCAACCGGAACAUGUGUUUCAACCGGAACAU